AGAAAGAAAUUAACAUUCCCGCUGCUCGUUCCGAGAGCGCGUAAAACGAAAGAGAAAUCUCUCUCGGCGGUUCGGCCGGCCACUCGAUGAGGUUCAUGCACGGUGACUUUUGGUCGGCAUUGCACGCACUCUUUUGGGAAAUACGGACCCAAUCCACCGAAAGUCGUCGAUCUCGUUACCCGCGAAGCGUCGUGCACUCCGAAUUGUCUGUUUCUUGCAAUAAUAUACAAUGUUCUGUGAUGGAACGUCGUGACGAAACAGCCUCCGCUAAUCCUGGGCCAUGUUCGUUUAGGGAUAUAUAAAGGUUGAGCCCCUUUCUUUGCUUUGAGAGAUUGUGCGUGACACGAGGGAGAGCUGAGAAGCCACUUGGUUAAUACUUCUGCGAGGACCAUUUCAUGUCUCUUGUCUGAAAAGGAGUCUCCUUUUUCUAAAUCAGCAGGAGUGGCUGAAGUAGUCUGAACUGCACUUGGCGAAAGCUAUAUGGUUCUCAGAAGAAAGGCAAACAGAAAGGAAUAACUUUCAGGAAUUGUUAUGGAUAGUGUGCGUCACUUCAGUUGGAAGUUCAACUCUUCCCUCAAGCUGGAAAAUGUGGAAGAGGAUGAGGAAAUGAAAGGAGCUUCUCCGUUGCCAUCGGUCCCUCAGCCACAGACGCCGAAGGAGCCGAUGGAGUUCUUGUCGAGGUCGUGGAGCCUUUCGCCAUCGGAGGUUGCAAAAGCUCUGGCUCACAAAAGGAACGACAUUCACACGAUACAUGACAAGAACCUCAAUACAUGUCCCCAGCCACAGGCACCUGCUGCUCCUCAACUUCUUGCAGCGAAGGUUAUCAAUUCAGCUCAUGGUAAGAGGACGGGGUCUUUUGGGAAAUGGUUCCACCACCACCUCCACCACCACCACCACCACCACCACCAUGGUCAUAAGGAGCAUGAUAGGAGCACGAUGAAGAAGAAAGAGAGCCUGCGCAUGGAAAACGCCCAUGUGCAUUCGGCUGUUUCUAUUGCAGGGCUAGCUGCCGGUUUGGCUGCUGCAGCUGCGGCGCAAAGCUCCAAUUCGGAUUCAAAGAUGAGUGUGGCUUUGGCCUCGGCCACAGAACUACUAGCAUCACAUUGCGUCGAACUAGCUGAACUAGCCGGAGCUGAGCAUGAUCGAGUGGCAACUGUUGUCCAAUCAGCUGUGGACAUUCAUAGUGCGGGAGAUCUCAUGACUCUCACAGCCGCCGCCGCUACUGCUUUGAGAGGAGAAGCGGCGCUGAAAGUAAGAAGGAGAAACGAAGCAAGGAGGAAUGCUGCGAUAAGUCCCUAUGAUAGGGGAAUGGCAGAAACACACAUGACUCUUCGCAGCCACAUCGAAGAAAGCAGCACUCCCUGCGAAGGUGAACUUUGGCUGCACACAACAAAAGGAUUAUUUCAAAUGAAGCAUGCUUCUGUGUACAUUAACAAAAAGUCCCAGGUCAUUCUGAAGCUGAAAAGCAAGCACAUUCGAGGAGCAUUCUCGACCAACAGUAAAUGCAUAGUUUAUGGAUUAUGCGAUGAGAAUUCCGCCUGGCCAUACAGGAAAGAAAGAGACAACCCCGAAGAAGUCUUCUUUGGUCUCAGAACUGCACAGGGUUUUCUAGAGUUCAAGUGCAAGAAUAAGGCCCACAAGCAGAGAUGGGUUGAUGCGAUUUACAACCUGCUUCGUCACGGUAACUGGGUUGAAGCUACUGAGGUCUCUCCAGAGCUUCUAAACAUCAGUCAAAGCAUCAGCAUAUGAAUUUUUGAUGGUGUCUGUUUCAGUAACAGGACAUGAAGAAACUCCAUUAAUGAAAUCAGGAGUCUGAAUCCAAUGCCUGUUUAUCUUUUGACAGUAAAUAUCUUUUCCCCUUCUUCCGUUGUCCUAAUACAUGCAGAAAAAGCAAGAUAACUGUCCAAACAAGCUUUGAACACUGUACUUGGGUAUUUUUCAGGAGCAUGAUAUUAAGAAACA